AUGAGCAAAGCAAAAUCAAGAUAUUCAACAGAAGAGUAAGCUGCUCUAUAAUCCAAAGUUGUAUUUUAAGAAUUUAAGUAAAUUAGCAAUCCGUUUAAUUACCAAGCAUUAAAUAAGAGUAAGUGAAUUCAGUUUCAGUUAUUGGUUUAAGUGAAUUAUAUUAGAUUAAAAAUCAUAUAUAGGGUGAAAAACAAACUAAAAAGGUAACACAAACCAUCAUUAAUAGACACUUGAUAAUUAAAGACUUUGGGCGUAAAGAAUAACUAAGCAGAGGUAAUAAAAAGAGGCUGAAAAAUUAGAGAGGUUCACUAAGGAAGAGGAGGAAAGAAGAAAAAUUGAUAAGGAUGAGGAAGAAUAUUAAGAAAGACUUAAAAAUGAACUUGUAAAGGAAUCAAAUUAGAAAAUAUUUGAUUAAAGAGCAGAGUAAGAUCACAUUUACAAAAUUAUAGUGUUCGUAAUUUGAAGGCUUAGAUGAUGUUAAGUGAAGUCGAGAGAACUAAUGAACAAUUAAAUGCAAUUAAUAAGGAGUAAAAGGAACUUAGAAAAAUACAAGAAGAGGAAAAGGAAAAAGAAUACGAAAUGCAAGAAUAUUAUAAAGAAUAGGAACUAAUGGUUAGAAAGGAGAAAUAAGCAAAAAAGAAAAAAGAAUGCAAUGAGAUCUUAGCUGAUUAGCAUAAAUAAGUCAAAGAGAGAUAUUUAAAGGAAAUGAUGUUAGAUAAAUAAGAAGGUUAAUUAAUUAAGAAAAAAGCAGAGGAGGAUGAAAUUCUAAGAGAGUAAUCCUUGAAUAUAAUUUAGUUAAUAAAAAUAAGAGAUCAAAAAUAAGUAAUAAAAAUUACUCAAAGAACAUGAGGAAUUUAUGGAAAAGAGAAGAGAAUUAUAAGAAAUAGAGAAAAGUAUUUUGGAUGAAGAGGAUAAGAAAAUAAUUGAUCAUGAAUUUCACAAAGAAAAAGUGUUAUAGAUGAGAAAAGAUAGAGUAUAAUAAAAUAUAUAUUAUUUAGGAAAACUAAAAAUAGCAGAAAAAAGAGUAACUCAGAAAAUAGAUAUACGAUCUUAGAGUGGAACAAUAAAAAUAAUAAGAAGAUAAUUAUAUGUAAACUAUCUAAAAACAUGCAGAGGAACUCAAACAAAAAUAGGAUGAAGAGUUAAAAUAGAAAGAAUUAGAAAAAACAUAAAUGGUUUAAGAUGCAGAAACUAUGAGGUUGAAAUAGCUUCAAAUUUAAUAAUAAAGGAAAAUUAAUUAAUAGGCUGAAUAGGAAGUCGAUUUUAAAUAAAAAUUAAAAGCAUUGGAAUAAUUGGAAUAAGUUGAAUAGCUAUAGAAUGAUGUAUUGAAAAAGAGGAAUAAAGAUUUAUAAGAAUAUUAGAAAAUAUAGAUAGUAAUAUGUGAAUUUAUACAAGGAAACUAAAAAAUAAUAACGAAGAAACUAAUAUAUGUAAGAGUUGAAAGAGUCUCUAUAAAUGCAAUAAAGAAAUCAAUCUGAAAAAUAAGUCUACACUUCUUGGGCUUAGCAAUGUAUUGAGGAAUGGAAAGACAAUGGGAAAAACAUUUUGCCUAUGGUUAAGGCACUGUAUUAAACUGAAUGA